AUGUGGGGCUUACCGUGUUGGCUGUUGACCGCGAGCGCGAUCCUGUUCGUGGGGGCGCAAACCCCCGGACCAGGCCCCGGCACGAGACGCUCCCCGCCCAGGGAGACGACCUACGGGUACUCGGCCCAGAUGCAGUCCAGGGCCGUGGAUACGCGCGUCACCCUGGAGAUCCUAGAGGGCCAACCCAAGGGCACCGUCGUGGGGCGCAUUCCCACCAAGCCGGGGUUCACGUACCGCUUCAACGAACCACCCCGGGAGUUCGUCCUCGAGCCCAACACGGGGGAGAUCAAGACGAACGCAGUAUUAGACAGAGAGACUUUAAAAAACGACAGGUAUGAUUUAGUGGUGUUGUCUAGCCAGCCGACCUACCCCAUAGAGGUCCGGAUCGUGGUCGUGGAUAUAAACGAUAACCCCCCGGAGUUUCCGGAGCCCAGCAUCGCCGUAUCGUUCUCGGAAAGCGCCGCGGCGGGCACCAGGCUUCUCCUAGACGCCGCCAGUGAUAGGGACGUGGGGACGAACGGGGUGAGCGACGACUACAGGAUCAUAGCCGGGAACAAGGACGAAAAAUUCAGACUAGUCGUGACGGCCAACCCCACGGGGGAGACCUCGUACCUGCACCUAGAAACCACCGGGAAAUUAGACAGGGAAACUCAGGGCUUUUACACGCUUAACAUUUCUGCCAGAGACGGGGGCAACCCCCCCAGAUACGGGUACUUGCAAGUCAAUGUUACUAUAUUAGACGUCAACGACAACCCGCCGAUUUUCGACCACAGCGAUUACAGCGUGUCAUUAAACGAAAGUGUACCACCUGGUACCCCAGUUUUACAAGUAAUGGCUACCGAUAAUGACCUGGGAGAUAAUGCGAAAAUUACCUACUACCUGGCCGACACGGAGCGGCAAUUUACUGUGGAUCCGGAGACCGGAGUGAUUUCUACGACUGAGCUGUUGGAGUGCCCCCAGCAGCAGAACUGCCCCCAGAGCAGCAAGGGGGGCGGCUGUCCCAAGAGCUGCGUGUUCACUGUUUUCGCCAGGGACCACGGCUCGCCCCGGCAGGACGGAAGGACGUACGUCACCGUGAACCUGGUGGACGCCAACGACCACGACCCCAUAAUAAAAUUCAGGUAUUUCCCCGCGACCGCGGGGUUCGCUACAGUGGACGAAAACGCCGGAAAUGGAUCUGUCGUCGCGGCGGUGUCCGUCGUGGACCAGGAUGAGGGUCUCAACGGCGAAACCAGCGUGAAAAUUGUCUCGGGAAACGAACUUAACCAUUUCAGGUUAGAUUACACCCCCAGCUUCGACAUAGUGAGGGUUAACGGGGUGCUGGACCGCGAAGAGAUAUCCAAGUACAAUUUGACUGUCGUGGCGACAGAUAAAGGCGCACCCCCACGAACCGCCACGGCAUUUUUAAUAAUCCACGUGAACGACGUGAACGAUCACGAGCCGGUGUUCGAGAAGAGCGAAUAUUCCGCCAUCCUGAGCGAAUUGGCGCCUCCAGGCACUUACGUUGCGGGAAUCACGGCUACGGACGAAGACAGUGGUGUGAAUGCUCAGAUAUACUACGCCUUUGUGUCGGGCAAUGAAAAUCAGUGGUUUUCUAUUAACGUGGACUCGGGGCUGAUAACGACCCGCGCCGCUUUAGACAGAGAAGUUCAGGGUUCGGUGGAGUUGAACAUAUCAGCUAGAGACGGAGGACCAAAUCCCAAAUGGGCGCACACUCAAUUAAAAGUGACAAUCCUGGACGAAAACGACGAGGCGCCGGAGUUUUCCCAGUCCAAAAUCAAUGUUAGUCUCUCUGAAAGCGCUCCACCAGGUACACUGGUGGCUAUGUUAACGGCGUCUGAUCACGACCAAGGCACUAAUGGCAGCGUGGCUUAUUCUUUACACCCCGCGGUGCUACAACGCUACGAAAACACAUUUGCGUUGGAUUCGCUAACGGGACAACUUACGACUAAAAGAAAACUUGACAGGGAGGAGAUGUCUAGCUACGAAAUUUUCGUGAUAGCCAGGGAUCAAGGAAUGCCGCCGCAGUCGUCGACAGCUACAGUUUACUUGAGUGUUUUGGACGUAAACGAUAACAAUCCCGAGUUUUACCCACAAAAAUAUUUUAUACCUGUUUCUGAAGACGUCAAGCCAGGCACUUCUAUUUUAAAAAUAACCGCGACUGAUAAGGACGAGGGUGAAAACGCCAUGAUAACUUUCAAGCUGGAAAGCGGCGGAGAUAAUCUGUUCUCAGUAGACGAAUGGACCGGAGUGAUCACUCUACGGGGGAACUUGAAAAGUUCCUCAAAACCCAUACACAGGCUGAAAAUAUCAGCGCAGGAUCACGGCGACAAGCGCGCCGUCGACGACGCCACCGUAGAAAUCAUAAAAGAAGCCUACAUGGAAGAGUUACACUUUGACAAUUAUGGGGGAUAUGAUUUCCAAAUCGUGGAAGACCACAGCGGGUCGCCUGCGAAUAAAAGAAGGGACGUUGGCACAGUGCACGUAAGAAAUAGUGAUGCUACCUACUCUAUAGUGUACGGAGAUCCAAAUUAUAAUUUCGACAUAAACGAAAACACGGGAAAAAUUACAACGGCCAAGAAAAUUGACAGGGAACAAACCCUCAUGUACAGCCUGACAGUGGUGGCGCGAGUGGGGCUCUCCUACGGCAAAACAACAGUGAAUAUUGUGGUGCAAGACCUAAACGACAACAAACCCGUGUUUCUGAGAGACAAAGAGGAAAUAAAAAUUUUAGAAAACGCCGCCGUGGGUCAAGAAGUAUACUUGGCGCGAGCCAGAGACCUGGAUUCCGGCAUAAACAGUCGAGUUACCUACAGCCUGAGCUACAACCCAGAAGAGCAGUUCAGGAUUUCAGAAGCGACCGGCGUGAUUUAUUUGAACAGGCCCGUCCGGGCCGAUCCCGGCUCGCUCUUGCACGUCGAGGUAACUGCCACGGACGGCGGAGAGCCGCCGCUUUCAUCGAGACACUCCAUAAUGAUAACCGUGGAGGAUGUGAACGACCACACUCCCGUGUUCGAUCACACGUCGUACGAAACGUCGCUGUUGGAAUCCACGCCCGUCAACGAGAGGUUCUUCGCCUUGGCCGCCAGCGACGCCGACUUGGACGCCAACGGGCGCAUCUCCUACUCCAUAACGGAAGGAAAUAACGAAGGGAAGUUUGGAGUUUUCCCUGAUGGAUUUCUCUACGUUAGAAAAUCGUUGGAUAGAGAGGAUAAGGAUUACUAUUCGCUGACUGUGACGGCGAGCGACGCCGGCAAUCCCCAGAGGUCCUCCGUGGUGCCCGUGGUGAUCCACGUGAUUGACGAGAACGACAACAGCCCCGAGUUCACAAACACCACGUUCACGUUCAGUAUUAGAGAAAAUGAACCGCCCGACUCCUUCGUAGGGAAAUUGACGGCGGCCGACCGGGACAUUGGCCGGAACGCCGAACUGAUCUUUUCGCUGUCGAGCCUGCAGAAUGACUUCGCCGUCGACCCGAAGAACGGCUUCAUAAAAACCCUACACGUCUUCGAUCGCGAGGAACUGGUGCAGAACACGGGUCAGAAUUUUAUGACUCUGGAAGCCGCCGUUACAGACAACGGCAGCCCGAGGCUACGCGAUAAAGUUAAAGUCAACGUGUACGUCACCGACGUUAAUGACAACCCCCCGAAAUUCCUGAGGGCCCCGUACAAAGUCCAAAUAUCGGAGGGAUCAUCGGUGGGGGCGCAGGUCCUCAGACUCUACACCUCCGACGCCGACGAGGGCCUUAACGGGGACGUGUACUACUCGAUAGUAGGCGGAAACGAUGAUAGCCGCUUUGAAAUCGAUGAGGCCACCGGACAAAUAACAUUAGCUCGCUCCCUGGACCGAGAAACCGACUCGAAGUACACACUAACCGUUGUGGCGCACGACGCGGGGCUCACGAAACAAUUAAGCUCCUCCACGACGGUGUCGGUGGACAUCCUCGACGAGAACGACAACGCUCCCGAGUUCACCCAGACCGACACGAAAAUAUCGGUGAACGAGAUGACCCCCGUCAACACCGAGCUGAUCCAGUUCAGGGCGUCGGACGCGGACCUGGGCGUCAACAGCGAGGUAGUGUACUCGAUAACCGCAGGAAAUAGAAAAGACACCUUUCACGUGGACGCGAUGACGGGAGUGCUGUAUUUACAUAAACCGUUAGACUACGAAGAGCUGAGCGCCUAUCAACUCAACAUCACCGCGUCUGAUAAUGGCAACCCGCGAUUAUCUACCACUAUUUUGUUCGCCAUCGCCGUCCAAGAUGCCAACGAUAAUCCGCCGUCCUUCCCGAGCACGGCGAUCGUUAGACAGAUCCGUGAAGGCAUCCCGGUGCACACCCCCAUAGUUACCGUGACGGCCGAUGACCCCGAUUCCAGCCUCAACGGCAAGGUCACCUACGCGAUCUCCUAUCAGGACCCCGAGGACAGUAAACGCCACUUCGGCAUCAACCCCAUAACCGGAGUCAUACACACCCUACUGCCCAUCGACAGAGAAACCAUAGACACCUUCAGGCUAACGGUCGUGGCCACGGAUCAAGCGGAACCCGCCUCCAGCAGACUAUCCGCCGACAAGUUAGUGACAGUGAUAGUGGAAGACGUCAACGACAACGCUCCGAUCUUCGUGUCGAUGAACGCCGCGAUCCUACCGAAAAUGAACUCCAAGGCGGACAAAAGCAGCGUCACCAUCAUGACGGUGUUCGCCAGGGACCUGGACUCGGCCACGAACGGCCUGGUGACCUACGAACUGGCCAGCGGCAACGGCGACCUCUUCAGGCUGGACCAGAGCACGGGGGCGCUGAAAUUGCGGAGGCCCAUCCCCAACCCCGAGCCGACGUACCGGCUAUCCGUGAAAGCCACCGACGAGGCCGUGCAGAGCGAAAGAAGAUCCACGGAGGCCUACCUGACGGUGAUAGCCACGAACGAGGAGGAAGCGGGGCCCAAGUUCGACAGUGAUCUGUUCACGGGGAGCGUGUACGAGAACGAACCACCAGGGACGAGUAUUUUAACGGUGUCCGCCAAAUAUCAUUCAGGUGAAGUGGAGUAUUACGUAACGAAUGUCACGGGCGGCGGUGUUCAGGUUGACAGAUUGUUCGAUAUCGACACCAAACUGGGAGUUUUGUCGACUGCGACGGAGCUGGACAGGGAGCUGGGCGUCGAUAUGUACGAGAUCGAGGUUUAUUCCAUCGUCACCGGCGUUGGGGCGCUCAAGACUUCCAAGACAAAGGUGAGUCCCAUUUUGUUAACAAGAAGAAAAUCUUCAGAAAAUUCAGUUUGAUCAAAAGUGUAAGUUCUA